GCUGGCUUGACGCCGCGAAGGCGUUGACGUCAACACCGUGCGCCGUGGAGGCCAGCCGGGCGCAAUGGCGCUUUUCCCCGCCGUUCUCAGUGAGGAGGAGGAAGCCUUGCAGAGAAAGUACAACAAGCUGAAGAAAAAGAAGAAAGCGCUACUGGCUCUGAAGAAGCAGAGUUCGGGUUCACAGACCAGUCAAGGUGGCAUCAAACGAUCACUGUCGGACCAGCCCCUUGUUGACACGGCCACGGCCACUGAGCAGGCCAAGAUGCUGGUGAAGUCAGGAGCAAUCAGCGCCAUCAAAGCGGAGAACAAGAACUCGGGCUUCAAGCGCUCCCGAACCCUGGAAGGAAAGCUGAAGGACCCGGAGAAAGGGCCAACACCAUCAUUCCAGCCCUUCCAGCGCAGUGUCUCUGCCGAUGACGACAACCUGGAGGUCUCCAAGCGACCACAGCGGAAGUCUCUCUACGAAAGCUUUGUCAGCUCCAGUGAGCGGAUCAGAGACACAGAGAGAGAGCGGGACGACGAGCGAGACUCAGGGAAGGAGAUGGAUUGUGACAGCUACAAAGAGACUGAGCGAGACAUCGAGCGCGGGAGGGAUCGUGACAGAGGCCGUGACAGGGACCGAGAUCGGGAUCGCGACAGGGAAAGAGACCGGGAAAGGGACAGAGACCGGGAUCGCGACCGGGACAGGGAUCGGGAUCGUGGAAGGGACAGGGACCGAGACAGAGACCGGGAUCGGGACAGGGAUCGCGACGGCCCUUACAGAAGGUCCGAUUCCUUUCGCGCCCCACGCAAGGGCAACACGAUCUAUGUGCACGGCGUGGGGAUGACCGAGGAGAUGCUGAGGGAUUCCUUCUCACGUUUCGGCACCAUCGUCAACCUGACCACCGACAGCCCCAAGAACUGUGCCUUUGUGACCUUCGAGACAAUGGAGUCUGCUGACCAGGCCAUCACUGAGAUGAACAGUAGCAUGGUGGGUUCAGUCUACCUAAAGGUGAUGAUCGCCCGCAAGCAGCUGAUGCUGGAAACGGCCACGCGUAAAUCUGUCUGGGGGAGCCUGGCGGUGCAGAACAGUGCCAAGGGCUCCCACCGGGACAAGCGGAGCCAGGUGGUUUAUAAUGAGGACUACCUGGCAUAGGCAGCCUCGGACAGACAGCUGAAGGAAGAAACACCUCAAAGCCUGGACAAAGAAGUGACCCGGUGUGCUGGAAGGGACCGUCAGACAGGCCCCUCUCCUGCUGUUACAGACAUUCCAGUUGAAACAUUAUUCGCUCCCACCUCCCCGAGACACCUCUGCACCACUCCUCCCACCACCCAUGUUCACCCUGGUUUACCCCUCCGCCUUCCCUCCUCCUCCACCCUCCCACCUCCUCCUCCUCCCCUCCCCCUCCACUCUUCCUCCCCUUCUACCUCCUUCCCCUCCACCCUCACACCUCCUACCCCCACCCCUGUCGUGCAUUCCAGCAUUGUUGCUGGGCUCUUGAUCAAGGUGGGUCUAGUGGGGCUCAAACCCUUACCCUCUCCAAACCUUGGGGCUACCCUUGGGGGCCCCAGCAUCUCGUUGUCCAAAGGGGCAGGAUAUGUGGGAGGUUCGAUUUGCCCCAAACUACACUGGUGUCACUCCCACCCCCCUCUCCCUGAACGGGUUCCCAGCAUCUCAUCGUGGACAAUUGAAUUGUUUAUCCCCCGGCCCCAGAAUGGCCAACUGUAAAUAAAACGCUUUUGUGUUAAAUAAAUUAACAGUCCAAA